AUGUUGGAAUAUAUUCUUACAGUUUUUAUUGUGAUUAUGUGUGGAUAUAUUGUCGUUAAAAAUUUUGUUUUUAAAACAGAGAGCCCGCAGCCCCCAGGACCAAAAGGAUGGCCAAUAGUAGGGGUAGUGUUUGAGGUUGAUAUUUCAAAACUUCAGCUUAAACUUUACGAAUGGGCGCAAAUGUACGGCGAUGUUUUCCAAUUUAAUUUAUUAGGCCAAAAAUUUGUCUGUAUAAAUUCAAUAGAUAUCAAUAGAGACUUGUUUCUGAAAGAACCAAAUGCCACUAUUACUGCAGAUCGUCCAUUAACAUUUACCGGUAAAUAUGCUUACGAUGAUUAUGCGGAUGUAGGAUUUUCAUCACCAAGUGUACUUUGGACAAAACGUAGGAAACUUGCGUUUCAACUUCUACAUAGGUAUGGAAAGGGAUUAACUUGCUUGGAAAGUCAAAUAUUAAAAAAUCUACAGACAUUCAAAGAUGAUAUUCGGUCUUUAUCUGGAAAGAAUAUUUUCCCUGUCGACUUCGUCGAUGACUUUAUUUUCAGCACCGUUGAAGUAUUGAUAAUUGGUCGCAGUUUUGGAAAAGAGGGUCCCCUGCGCAAUCUUCUAAUAAAACAGAAUGAUUUGCUGAACGAGGUUGCAAACCCAGGAACAGAUUCAAUCUACGCUGUGUUUCAUUUUCUACGAUUUUUGCCUCUGCCUGGAUCAUUGGCUUUGCGCGAACUUAAAAAAUCCCAAAGUUGUCUGUUGGAUUUAUUAGAUACGUUAUCGAAAGAAGAAUGCAAAGAAAAGGGAAUAUAUCACACAAUGAAGGAAGUAAUGGAAGAAGAAGACAAGAGCGGGAAACCCUGGUUCACAGAAGUUAAUCUGGCGGCAUUAUUACUGAACCUUGUUACAGCCAGUAAUUUCCUGACAACUAGGGGAACACUUCUGUCACUGGUACAUAUACUUGCUAAGAGACCAGAACUUCAGAAAACACUACAAAAAGAAGUAGACGAUGUCAUAGGAACAGAUCGGGAACCUAGACUGUCUGACAGAGAGAAUUGUCCUACGCUCGAAGCCGUUAUCUUGGAAACUUUGCGAUACAUUUCCCACUUACCAGUCUUUGUUUUUCACUCUAGCUCCGAUUCUGUGACAAUUGGUGAUUAUACAGUAGAUAGAAAUACAGUGAUUAUUCCUAAUGGAUGGACAAUGCACCACAGUGAAAAAUACUGGGAGGAUCCUUUCACCUUUAGACACGAACGAUUUCUAGACAGCGAAGGCCAAUUAUUGGCCGCUACCCAUCCUAUCAGGAAGAGGUUGGUGGCAUUCGGACUAGGCAAAAGAAGUUGUAUCGGCGAAGUAUUUGCAAAAUCCCGUAUCUUUCUUUUCUUAUCUACUUUGAUGCAAACAAUAACGAUAGUUGAACCUGAAGGAAAACCCUUACCAGACCUCGAUCCCAGGGAGAUGAUUCCAGGACUUGUCUUACAAGCACAACCAUUCAAAGUUCGUUUUUUACUGCGAAAUAAUGAAGGGUGA